AUGGCUUUUGUGUUCAGAAGAUGGAGGGUUUUACUGGUGCUGAACGUGCUCGCUGUUGCGGGGUUCAUGACUUUCUGGGCCAAGUGCAACACACGCAGCGUCCAAAUCGCCGGUCCGGAGGCUCCGGCAGACGGAAAGAGGCCCCGGGGCAACGGGACGACGCAGGGGCCCAGCAUCAGUCAUGAGCUACUGCUGAAGAGGCUGAGCUCGCUGGAGGACGUGGUGUACAGGCAGUUAAAUGGUCUGUCCAAAUCUCUGGGUCUGAUUGAGGGCUUUGGGGGUCGGGGUAAAGGCGGACUCCCAGCCACCCUGUCCCCAGCUGAGGAAAGCGAUGCUAAAUACCUGAGAGAGAAGUAUGGCUACAACGCCUACCUCAGUGACAGAAUAUCUCUGGAUCGGACCAUACCGGACCACAGGCCGAGCAAAUGCAGAAAGGUCAGCUACCCGAGAGACCUCCCGCAGAUCUCCCUUAUCUUCAUCUUCGUCAACGAGGCUCUGUCAGUGAUCCUACGCUCGGUCCACUCAGCUGUCAAUCACACGCCAGCUCACUUGCUCAAAGAGAUUAUCCUGGUGGAUGACAACAGCGAUGACGAGCAGCUGAAAGGGCCGCUGGAGGAGUACGUGAACAAGCGCUACCCCGGCCUAGUGAAGAUCGUAAGGAACCAGAAGAGAGAGGGACUGAUCCGGGCCAGAAUUGAGGGAUGGAAGGUGGCCACCGCCGAGGUGACGGGCUUUUUUGACGCCCACGUGGAAUUUACGCCAUCCUGGGCCGAGCCGGUUCUGGCCAGAAUAAAAGAGGACCACAAGAGGAUUCUCUUGCCCUCCAUCGACAACAUCAAGCAUGACACGUUCGAGGUGGAGCGCUAUGAGAACUCAGGCCACGGAUACAACUGGGAGCUGUGGUGCAUGUACAUCAACCCGCCCAAACAGUGGUGGGACGAGGGGGACAUGUCAGCUCCGAUCAGAACUCCCGCCAUGAUAGGCUGCUCUUUUGUGGCCAACCGUGACUAUUUUGGCGAGCUUGGUCUGCUAGACUCCGGCAUGGACGUCUACGGAGGGGAGAACAUCGAACUGGGCAUCAGGGUGUGGCUGUGUGGAGGCAGUAUGGAGGUGCUGCCUUGCUCCAGAGUGGCUCACAUUGCACGGAUAAAGAAACCCUACCACAGUAAUAUAGCUUUCCAUACACGGCGUAACGCCCUGCGUGUGGCUGAAGUCUGGAUGGACGAGUACAAAUCGAACGUUUACCUGGCCUGGAACAUCCCCAUGGAGAACCACGGUAUUGAUUACGGAGACAUCUCUCAGAGGGUUGCACUGAGGAAGAGUCUGCAGUGCAAGAGCUUUGAGUGGUACCUCGACAACGUUUACCCAGAGAUGAGGAGGUACAACAACACGCUGUUCUACGGUGAGAUUCGUAACUCUAAAGUGAGCCACCUGUGUGUGGAUCAGGGCAUGAAGGAGAACCACACAGCCACGCUGCACCCCUGUCACGGAUGGGGUCCUCAGUUAGGACGUUACACCAAAGAGGGUCAGCUGUUCCUGGGCCCUCUGGGUAGCACCGGGGAGGACACUCGCUGUGUGGUGGACGAUCAGAUCAGCAGCUUCCCUCAGCUCCUCAACUGUGACAAGGUGACCAAUGUGAAGCAGAAGACGUGGCAUUUCACUCAGAGUGAAUCGAUCAUAAACCGAGCCACGGGACGCUGUCUGGAAGUGGUGCCAGCUAAUGUUUACUUCGGGCACCUACUGGUCCUGCAGCCCUGCUCUGGACAGAGGUGGACCAUCAAGAACACCAUGAAGCAGUAG